AUGAAUAGCCAUUUUGCAGUAUCAUCUUCUUCACAUUUUCAACGUUUUCCAAAAUCAUUCUCUCUUCGUAGAAAAGUGCCAUGGUGGUACCAAAUACAACAUCCACGUUCACCAUUUCUUGCAAAAUGGAACGUUAUAUUCCUCUACUCCUGCCUCUUUGCUCUCUUUCUAGACCCUCUUUAUUUCUAUAUUCCCGUCACAGGAGACAAAGCAUGCUUGCAAACCGACUUAGUCCUCGGCGUUUUCGUCACGUUAUUACGUACUGUCGCGGAUGUCUGCUUCUUCUUUCAUAUAGUUCUUAAGUUUCGCACCGCGUAUAAUUCUCCAACCUCUCAUGUAUACGGCCGCAAAGAGCUUAUCACCGAUCCCAAGAUGAUUAUGAGUCGAUACCUCAGACAUGAUUUUAUCAUUGAUCUUCUUGCCUGUCUUCCUUUGCCUCAGAUAGUUAUUUGGAUUGUGAUUCCAGCGGCAAAAAACUCGACUGCAGCUCAUUCAAACCACACGCUGUCCCUGAUAGUUCUAAUUCAGUACAUUCCAAGACUGUUUCAGAUUUUUCCUUUACAACGCAGAAUCUUGAAGACUAGUGGGCUUAUAGCAAAAACUGCUAUGGCAGGUGCAUUGUACAAUCUCGGAUUCUACAUGCUCGCCAGCCAUGUUUUAGGAGCAACGUGGUAUGUGACGUCGAUUCAGAGACAAUACCAGUGUUGGAGAAUAAUGUGCAAGAAGGAAAUGAACAGAACACAUUCACCUUCUUGUAAUCCUUCUUUUCUUGAUUGUAAUACUCUUAAUAGCCGCGAACGACAAGUUUGGUUUAAACGCACUCGAGUCCUCUCUGCUUGCGAUGCACUCAAUGAUAGAAACCACUUUCAGUUUGGAAUGUUUGCUGAUGCUUUCACUGAUCAUGUCUCUUCAUCAAGAUUCUUUCAAAAAUAUUUUUACUGUCUCUGGUGGGGUUUGAAAAAUCUCAGUUCAUAUGGACAAAAUCUUCAGACUAGUACUUACAGCGGCGAAACGUUAUUUUCAAGUUUCAUAUGCAUAGCAGGCCUUAUCCUGUUUGCACAUCUCAUUGGUAACAUGCAGAAUUAUCUGCAAUCUUCAACUGCAAGACUUGAAGAGUGGAGACUUAGACAAAAAGAUACAGAAGAAUGGAUGAAUCAUCGCCAACUUCCACCAGAACUACAAGAACGUGUUCGUCGUUUUGUUCAGUAUAAAUGGCUUGCCACGAGAGGUGUUGACGAAGAAGCCAUUUUGAAAUCCUUGCCUAUUGAUCUUCGACGCCAGAUUCAGAGGCAUCUCUGUCUUGAUAUUGUUCGCCGAGUGCCGUUUUUUGGCCAAAUGGAUGAUCAACUUCUCGAUGCUAUAUGUGAACGUCUUGUUUCAUCAUUGAACACGAAAGGUUCGUAUAUAGCUAGAGAAGGCGAUCCAGUUCGCGAGAUGCUUUUUAUCAUCAGAGGAAGUAUAGAGAGUUCUACAACAGACGGUGGUAGAUCAGGAUUCUUCAACUCUAUCACCCUAAAACCCGGUGACUUUUGUGGCGAAGAAUUGCUAACAUGGGCUUUAACGCCCGACCCUAGUCUUAACCUUCCAGAUUCAACAAGAACUGUCAAGACAAUAACCGAAGUAGAAGCAUUUGCACUUCGAGCAGAUGAUCUCAAAUUCGUGUCGAGCCAGUUUAAGCGUCUGCACAGCAAGAAACUGCAACACGCUUUCAGAUACUAUUCUCAUCAGUGGAGAACUUGGGGUGCGUCGUUUAUACAAGCAGCUUGGAGGCGUCACCGGAAGAGAGAAUUGGCAAUGGAGUUGCUAGAAAAAGAGAAUCUGUAUUAUGAAAAUGUUAUGGAGCUUGAUGCAGGAGAGAGUUCCAAUGCUAAUCCUGGACAGAAUUUCGGGGCUACAUUUUUGGCUUCGAGAUUCGCUGCAAACACGAAGAAAGGCGCGGUUAAGAAGGUUACAAUAAUCCCUGAUGAUAGCAGUUUGAAAAUGCCUAAGAUGUUCAAGCCAACUGAGCCUGAUUUCUCAACAUUUAAACAUGAUUAA